CAGAUGCGCGCCGUUGUUCCGUACGCGCGUCACCAGCGCACAGAGGAGCUUCCCUACGCCAGGGGGAGGCUGGAGAGAUGUGUGGAUCACGACCAUGGAAGGCUUUGCAUAUCUCAUUAUAUGCUUCUAAUUGACGCUAUUCGACUUUUACAGGAUAUGUUUCCACCCUCCAUAUGAGCAGUAACCCAGCUGCUCGGGAUUUAGAGAUCCAGCGCCGCCUUUCGCGUCUGUCUCCCAGUUGAGAAGCUUCCUGGGCUGCGUGGACCGUACAAUCUCGACUCCGUCCUUGGCGAUUAUGUUAUAGUUUACUCGGACGAGGCUUUUUGUUUUCAUCCAGGAAAUGUUGGCAUGGCCGCUUCGCGAGAUAAGAAGUGUCCGAAGAGUGAGAAGUUGGACGAGGCACAGGCUUUGGCCAAGAGCUGCGCGGGGAGACCAGACUUCCUGCCUUGUGAUGGGCUCUCCAUCUGCGCGACCCACAGCCAUGGGAAGUGCUUCAAGCUGCACUGGUGCUGCCACCUGGGAUGGUGUCAUUGCAAGUAUGUGUACCAGCCCAUGACCAAUGUGUGCCAGCUGCCCAGCACGUCGGUGCCAGCGGUUGAGACUGAGUACAGUAACACCAUGGACCUGUCCGUCUCUCUGGCUGAGCGCUUCCUGAAGCUCGCCCCCAGCUUCCGGUCUCCGCCUCACCUCGAGUCCCCUAAGUACUGCAUCAUCGCCGAUCUGUUUGUGGAUGACUACAUCGUCAAACGCAUCAACGGAAAGAUGUGCUAUGUGCAGCGCCCGCCGCCCCCCUUACCAGAACCUCCUCAUCCUCCCACUCCUCCCCCACCUGCUCCCGCUACACCUCAGAUGCCACAAAAUCCCGCGCAGCCUCGACAACCGGUUAAGCCAACUAAACACGUGCCUGCCCCUGUGCAGCCGGUCCAGCAGGUGUACAGUGAACAUAAACAUCCUACCCCCGUGGAUAAGAUAAAAGGCCCAAAAAUGGACCACUGUUCCUCUCCGUCCAGCUCCGAGGACUCUGGUAUCAAUGCACUGGGUCUGCACUACCUGGAGUCCUGUGAGGAGGAGAGCGAGGAGGAGGAGGACGAGUUGAGCACCGACGGGAACUCCAGCCCCGGCAGCCUCUGGGAUCAGGACGACUGCUCUCUGCUGUCCCCCUCCAAGUCCAUGAUAGAGAUCAUCGAAAAGAUCGAAACAACUGUGUAACGGACAAGGACCCACGCUGUGAGGGAGUAUGAGCUUCAGAGCAGAAUAACAGAGAGUUACUCUUGUGGAUUCAUCCUACAUAGACCAAUAGGACAAAAACUGCUCUAAUGCUUCAGCAGGGCUUUGACAGGUUGUUUAGUUGGAGUUGCUGUCCUGCAGUUGGCCGAGGACUGUACGUCUGCACUCACACACAGCCUCUCAUCUGUCGACUUACCCUGCAUGGAGUACAUUUUCUAGAACUUAUUACAAUACAGGAUAAAGGCACAAGCACAAGAAUAUCAAGCACAUGCACAGUGGACCAAAAAAACCUCCUGUAGCCUACAGUACCUGGAACUUAUACAGGAACUUCUAAAUGAAAUCUAAGCUAAAGUCAAGUCAAGGGGUGGUAUAGUGAGUUUUCUGAUGAUAAUGAGCAGAUAAAUUAUUCUUAGUGCUCUCCAGUCGUCAGACUUUGUCUAAUUCAACAUUUAAGUGGCAGAUAAGCCUGACAUUACUUGUUCUCUGCUCAAUGGCUCCACCUACACGUUUUAGUAAUUCUGACACUUCAGCAUAAUAGCUACAAGGCCAGCUACCUCUCGUGGGCCUAAAGCACAUCAGCCUUUUAACCCCGUUAAUCACUCAGCGCUGCUGGGAAACGCUUGCUUUUGUCACGUACGCAAAAAGAUUCCUGGGCCCACAGUUUGUGUGCACUUUACUAACACGAGGGGUAAGUUAGUCAGUGUUCGACAAUCAAGGAUUACACAGAAGCACAUUCCUUUACUGUACCUGCCAAGGGCCAAGGGUACACUUAUAUCAUUUAUCAGACAUUAACAUGUUGUUCUGACCACAUUUCCUGGUCGAGCUUGACUGAACUGCAUUGCUGUAGAAGGUCAAACAGGCCUUUAAGUAAAACACGACUUGCAUUGACCCCUAUUAGCAGCCAAGAAAUGAAAUAGUGCGAACGUGUCCCUGGCAGAGCUACAGUGAAAAAAGACACAGCAGAAACUAGCAAGACACAUAAUGAAGAGGGAAUAUAAUUUAAUAUAUAUAUAUAUAUAAACGUAUACAAAAAUACAGAUGCAUUGUUAUUUGCUCUCUGGGUUUGACGGUGAAAUGUCUUGUGAUGCCAGCUGAGAAGGGAGUCUAGAAAGGUGUGCAGGCUAGAGUAGUACAGUGUGUCACAGUUAUUUUGUGCUUUGGGGCAGAAAAAUGUCACUUAAUGAACCAUUUUAAAAGACGUUACCGUUUGGAAUAGGAUGCUGAGUAGGUGUUGUUAUGUGAUGGACAUGAUGUAUGAGAAAUGCUCUCAAUUAUAAUAUUUGUGAGACAGCCCCUUAUUAGUCAGUUAGUGAAAUGAAGAUGGGCUGGGUCUUCUGUUUUUUUAUUUUUUUAUGUUUUACCAAGUUAUCCACAGAGUAAUCUACAAAAAUCACAGAAAUAUUCACGAAUAUAUGUUGCUGCAAUCUAGAUGUAAAAAAAUCAAGUCAUUCUGCAUGACUCGAGUCAUUUGGUUAAGUCCCUGAUGUCAAAAAAUAAUUUAACAAAUUUGUGAUUCAGAGUGUUAAAAAAGUGAAUGAAUAAUCUGUAAUUCAAUUAAAAGGUUUUUUUUAAUUCAGGGACAGACCUUGACAUUACACUCAACACAGUCCUUCAUAACACAGUUUAAAACAUCUGUUGUGUUAUCAUAUGUCAUAUUAUUUUCAUAUGAAUAAAUCUUAAUGAACAUU